CGAUGUAGUAUUCAUAAAUACACGUUAUAAUUAACUAACUUCAUUAUAUUCAUUGUAUCAUAACCUUGUCGAGCAUCUUAAAAAAGAAUGUUGAAAAAACAAAUAUGUUUGUUUAUAUUCUGUUCUUCAUAUUCUUUCAUAACGUAAUAUAAUUAAAUUAUUAAGUACAACGGCGGAUACAUCAUGUUAUUCCAACUUCUGUGCCAAAAUAGUAAUGCUUCCCUCCAUUCAAAAAAUUAAAAAUAUUAUUCGACAAAAUGUUUUUGAUAAAGUCUGCAGUAAUUUAUACCAUACUUUUUUUAUUUUUAAUGUUAAUUUUCUUGCUCUAUAUACUUGGAGCUGCUCGUUAUAUUACGGAUUUUGAAGAAAAUACUUGUGAUAUGACAUAUAUGUUUGAAUAUCCACAAUACGUGAGAAUCUCUUUAGAUACUGAGAUAGAAGAACGAUAUCCAAGAUAUGGAUUAUACGCAUAUGGAGAAGGUUUUGUUACUGAGAAGCUUAGAAGGAUGUAUUUCUCAGGAAUACCUGUACUUUUUAUACCUGGAAAUAUUGGAUCUCAUGAACAAGUAAGAUCACUUGCUUCUGUUAGUUUGAGAAAAAGCCUAAAAGAUAGAACUCCAUUUCAUUUUGAUUAUUUUACUGUUUCAUUAGGCAAGGAUUAUUCUGCUUUAUAUGGAGGUGUAUUGAUGGAAGAAACAGUAUAUGUUUCAUACUGUAUACAAAAGAUAUUAAGUUUAUACAAAACUAAGAUGGAUAAUAUUAUCCUCAUAGGACACUCAAUGGGAGGUAUUAUAGCUAAAGGUUCUGUUGUAAUGACACCAAAUGUAAAUGCUAGUGUUGCCAGCAUUAUCAUUACUUUAGCUGCACCUCGUAUACCUACUUUAGUAUUAGACCAUACUUUUGCCAGUUAUUACCAAAAUCUAGAAAAACGCUUAAGUGAAAUAAAAGCUGCAGGAACAAGUGUAGUAUCAAUAGGAGGUGGACCAAGAGAUACACUUAUAACUUCAACUCAAAUUUUAGAUAUUACAGCUGAUAUUAAUGUGAUUUCCAAUACUAUACCAGAUGUUUGGAAAUCUACUGACCAUUUGAGUAUUUUGUGGUGUAAACAAUUAGUACUUUCUAUUGUGCGUUCAUUAUUUGAUUCUGUCAAUUAUACUCAAAAACCACCCAAAAUUGCCUCUACAGCUAAGGAAAGAAUGCAAGCACUGUCAUAUCACUUUCAUCAUCGUACUUCAGGAAAAAGAUUAUAUUCUUAUAAUGAAACAAUACAAUUUGAACCUGGUGGAAUAUGGAUAGAAAAUAUUCAAAGACAUUACACAUGGUCUAAUAAAAAUUUGCCUAAAAAGACAUCCUUUGUCUAUCUUAUGAUCAGAUUGAAUGGACAACCAGAUUAUUUAACUAUUGAUACCAUAAAUUUAGAAUCUAAGGAUUGGUUAUUUGCAUGUACAGCAUCCAGUAUACAAGGACAAUCAAGAUAAUUGGGGUUGGAAUUUGACAAACAAAACAAGAAUUUUGCCAGAUCCUUUACAUCGCUUAAGAAAAACUGUUGACUUAAAUUUACAAGAGAUAAAAUAUCCUGGUAUAACACAUAUUAUAAUAAAGAUUACACCAGAUAGUUUAGAAAAUUAUAUUACAAUAAAUGUUGAUUUAUAUUCUUAUGAGACAAGACUUGUACCUAUUAAGAGUACUUUUCCUUUAUUGAAAGAUUUAUUUAUAAAACCUCGAACUCAAAAGUCUGAUCUUGGACAUGUCAGAUAUUAUGCAAAUUUUGAUAAUGGUAUGGAUGUUGUUACUGUUGAACUUAAAACAUCUGACUGUACAGAUCCAAAACAUCAUGCAAUAGUUGAAUUAUUAGAACCAGGGAGUAUUGGAGUUACACAAAUUCAGUUUUUUACUGUUAUAGAUAAUGGGCCAAAAUCAAUGAAGGUUCAAAUUAAACAUAUAUAUUCCAAUGUUUCUCCAAAUUUAAGAAUAAUUCUAGAUCCAGCAUGUUCAUAUAUAAUUAAUAUUCAAGAAGCUGGGAUUAUAGAUCGAAUGUCUUGUAUUGUUAGAGAUCGCUGGUAUUUAUUGUAUACAACGAUUAUUAGUUUACUUUUGCUGUUUUUAUCCACCAGAAUUAAUCAUGGUCUUAAACAAACUCCAAUAAUAGUAAUUACGAUAUUUCUAUCAUAUUAUUAUGAUUUAAUAUUUGAAUGUUUAGUUGCUUUAGCAAUUGUUUGCAUAUUUACCAUUGGACUAUGCUGUUCUAUUAUAUUCCUUGGUUCAGUAGCUCAUAACAUUGCUGUAAGAUUUCUAGCUCGUGCAAUAGCCUUUUCAACAACAUGGUCAGAUUGGCUACUCGGAGGAUUAAAUCAGUUGCCUUUUAUUAGUGCAAUUCUUGUUUUAUCUUUAAUCCCAGCAACUUGUGGAGGUUUAGCUAUGCUAAUUUCAGUUUUUCUAUAUUUUCUGAAUUUGACAAAAAUGUAUGAAGAUUACUUAGAAGAACUAUUAAUGGCUUCGUUACAACAUUUUAACUGGAUACGACGAUUUAGAAGUGCGAAAAAUGAUUCUGAAGGGCAUGAAAAUACAAGACAAAAAAUAUUUAAUCAUCUUAUCCUUUUCAUACUCUGGUGUUUUACUGCUAUUCCAGCCAUACCUUCUGUACUUGUGUGGGCAAAAAAUUUCAGUUAUGAUAUGAAACUUUCUUCUGAAGAUCCUUUAUUAUUACAAAGCUGGAUAGUUUUAGUAACAUGCAGUACAAUGGGAUGGGUGCAACUUCCUUCCAAUAAUCAUAAGAAUCGAUCUCAAAUAUUAUCCAGUGUAUUAUGUUUCUCAGGUUGGGUUAUACUUUUAAUGGGAGCAGCACCUUAUCCAGCUUUUUAUCAAUAUUAUAUGCCACCUGUUGUAGCUGGAACUACUAUUAUUAUUGCAUUAAAUCCUCAUCGAACAAUUCCAUUUCAAGAAGAGCUAGACCCAAGAAAAAAUGACCCUUCACCAGACAUGGGUCGAUAUCAAGAGCACGUCUGCAGUCUAGACAGGACGAUUCCCAUCGUUUCAAUUUCAGGUUACACAGCGCUCGGUUCGUAAAGUAUAGUGCUUGGGUUGGAUUUUUAAUCUGCAGGAAUGAGAUGCAAUGUCGUAACUUGCCUGCAUAGAUUCAUAGUGGCACUCACAAUUGCUUUGGUGUAGCAGUGUGCAGCAUCCUCGUAUUUGUGAAGAUUGAAAAGGCGGUUCCCUUCUUCCUUUAAUUCUUUAUCAGAAAGGUUGGCGGUUGUAUACAUCUUACUCAUCUUGGCGACAAAUUUUGUGCUUUAUCGAACGCUUCUCUACAUAUGAAUUCUCGUUGAGUUAUUCACUUAAUACUUCUUGUAGGAAAAAUUAGUCGAAUCGUAAACAAACUGACUAACAAAAUAAUGUUGUAUAACCUUAACCUUAACGAAAUAUAUACUUCCCCAUUUUCCUUGUGCACUUGUCAAUCAUUAACUAAAGUGAGACAAAGACGUACAUAAACAAAACUGAAGGAAGCUACCUUCCAACAUAAAGCCAGGUUUCCAAAGAACAUUUAUUCUAAAUGUUUAUUUUCAAAUAUAUAACAAUAUUUGCUCAAAAUCUUCUUUAUUUCUCUUCCCCAAGUUUAAUUUCAAACUUCGUUUCAUUUUUUUCACAAUUUUGAAAAAGCGUCAAUAACUAACAAUAUGAAGCUAAAAUUUAAAUGUGUAAUGCACAAUUUUAUUACAUUUAGAAUUAUUACAUUAUUUAAACAAUAUAUACAAUUAAUUCAAAAAUAUAUGUUUAACGCCAUAAUACAAUGUUUAAUGACAUCAAUAAGUUUCAUUUAUCUUAUAGUACAAAUUAAGACAGUGUAUUAUACAUACACAAUGUAAAUUAAUUUAAAAAAAUUUUGAUUGAUUUACUCUAAAAUAAAAUCAAUAUUUUACAUUUUUUAUUUUAAAAAAAUGUAUCUAAAAUAUUAAACUUGAUUUGUUCAACUUUCAAUAUAAUUGUUAUUUUAAGUCACUUGUACUUUAAAUUAUAAAAUGAAUUGGUCAUACAUAUAUUUUAACCAAUUUGUGUGUUGCUAUGCAUUGACUUUAGAUAUGUUAUAUAUAAAAAUAGGUUUGUUUGUUGCAAAAUGUAUUUCUUGGUUCACAACCAUUCCCAUUCUAUGUUUGAAAAAUUCUAAUAUUUUCUUUGUUAUUUGUUUAUUAUUUUCAGAUACCUCUGAAUGCUCUAAAUAAUCAUUUAUCUAAAACAAUAAAAGCCAGUUACAAUGCUAAAUUAAACUUUAAAUUAGAGUAAGAAUAAAGAAUAGAUAAUAAAAAUUACCUUCAUCCAUCUGCAUUCGGAAAUUUCUCUUUCACACUUUUUGAUACUACAAUUAACAGGCGAUAAAUAAGCUACUAUAUAUAUGUCAGAACAACCAAAUGAAUAAUCAUGAACAUGUCUAAAAGCUAAUAUACAUUUGAAAGUAGUUUGGACACCAGUUUCUUCUAGAACUUCCCUUUUUACAGCAUCUGCUAAAUUUUCACCUACCACAAGAAAAAAUUAAUUAAUUGUUAUCACAUAUAUAAAUUAUCAACUAUUUAUAUCAUAUAUGUUAUAAAUUGUCAAAACAUAUAUUUAUAAAUUUGAUUUAUAAAUUUCUUUACAACAAUAAGUUAAGUUACUAAUUCUCUUGUGCUAAUUCAUUAAUUUGUAAGAAAAUGAUGUACCUGGUUCUACAUAACCACCUGGCAAUUUCCAUAUACGUGCAUGAUUUGUAUAUUUUUCUUUGAUAACUAAAAUCUCUUCUGUCUCCUCAUUAUAAACAAAUCCUCCAACUCCUAAAUUUGUGUGUGCAUAAUGUGGUAUAUUACAUUCUUCAUCUGUAACUAACCAUCGAUAAAGCAUAACAUAUUCUUGUUUUGCAUGAUGAAAUUUAAAUCCUUCCUUUACAAGUAAUGGUAUCCAUUCUGAUUGCGGUAAAUAUACACGGAACCAUAUUGUGCGUUUUUUAUUUUUUAUCCAUUGUUGUAAAGAUGCUGCAAAAAUUACAAUAAACAAAUAUUAAUUCCUAGGAAAAAUGUUUGCCAAGUCCUUCAAUUUUGAUAAAAUAAGUAAUAAUUUAUGAAUGUAUUUAAUAAGAUAUAUAACUAUUAAUAAGAAUAAUAAGAUUUUAUAACUAUAUAUUAUUGUCAUUAUUAUAUUAUUUUAUAUACCUGUAAGACGAUUAGCGAAUACUUCAGGUGCACAAGAUUCUUCGUUUGAAUCAAUGGUUAAGCCAUUAUAGUGAUCAUUAUGUCCAUUAAAGCACUUUGAAGCCAUGAUUAUAGAAGGAUUAUUUGUUUUGCAGCGCAAUAUGGGAUAAAAAACUAUACGGUGUUUUGUUAAAAAUUGUUGUUUUAGCACCGUGGUAACGAAACAGAAUUUUAAAGUUGCGGUACUGUACAUUGGAAUAUUCACGAAUCUAUGAAUGACAUUUUGAAAAAUUUGUUACUUUAAUGUUUUAUUAUUAUAUCUUAUAAAUAGUUAUAUAUAUUGUUUAAAAAAAUCUUUACAUAACAUAUUUUAAUCUGUUUUAUCGUACAACGCAAGUAUUAAAAUAAUCAAAUAUUCUAACCUAAUUAUAUUUUCUAUUUAUUUAUUUCAGUUUAUUUCAGUUAUUGAAUGCAGAUUUAAUACUUUCAAGAUAA